UGUGGGGGAAGCGUUCUCAGCUCUGCGCUGAACUGUGACUGAGCGUGGCCUUGGUCGGGCAGGAGGCGGUGCCGCUGAAGUGAUGCCGCCGUAGCACCAAUUUGGUCGCCGGCCUAACCGUCGCGUCGUCUUGAAUGGGCCGGCGCGGUGUGGUGGACGGUGCUAAUGGAUUCAAGUGCUUUGUUAUUCCGUUUAGCACGGUGUGCUACCGGCAAUGAAGACCCACCGACUGGAAUGUUACGACGUGUGGUUGUCGCUGCGAGAUCUGAUCUACAGAAGAUGCUACGUCAUCUCAAACUGUGCAUGCAUAAGUUUAUCGACGAGGACGGGAAAUUAAAAACUAUUGAAAUCCGCCUGGGCAUCGUGAAUGCGGUGAAGUGUUUUCCAAAAGAAGAACGCGAGUGUGAUGAAAAGGAUUCAGAAAUGAUGCCAGUGCUCCCAACGGUGCAAGAGACAUUGAAAUGUGUUAAGUUUGCAAUUAGAUAUGUAGUUUUUGUGGACAAUAUAAAAUCAAAUGCGAAGAAAACACGAACAUACUGA